ACAGCCUCCUGGGCAGACAGAACAGGAGAGAGAGGCAUCCAGGGCAAGCUGUGGGGCAAGACCCAGGAAGGGGCAGUGUAUCUGCAGGCUGUGCCUCACUGGUGGCGCCAGCCUCCUGAGAUCUCCGUGCAGGUGGCAGCUGCAACCAGGCUCGUGCAACGCUGUGAGUGUGCAGCUGGGACUCAGAACCGUGUCUGCCAGGCAGCGGGGAACAGGCAGUGGGAGCUCCGACCAGAACCAUGGUGAUUCUUCAGCAGGGGGAUUACGUGUGGAUGGACCUGCGAUCCGGGCAGGAAUUCGACGUGCCCAUCGGGGCUGUGGUAAAGCUCUGCGACUCCGGGCAGAUCCAGGUGAUGGAUGAUGAAGGCAAUGAACACUGGAUCUCCCCGCAGAACGCCACACACAUCAAGCCCAUGCACCCUACCUCAAUCCAUGGCGUGGAGGACAUGAUCCGCCUGGGGGACCUCAAUGAGGCGGGCAUCCUGCGAAACCUGCUCAUCCGCUAUAGGGACCACCUCAUUUACACGUACACAGGCUCCAUCCUGGUGGCAGUGAACCCCUACCAGCUGCUCUCCAUCUACUCCCCAGAGCACAUCCGCCAGUAUACCAACAAGAAGAUUGGGGAGAUGCCCCCCCACAUCUUUGCCAUCGCCGACAACUGCUACUUCAACAUGAAACGCAACAGCAGAGACCAGUGCUGUAUCAUCAGUGGUGAGUCCGGAGCAGGGAAGACCGAGAGCACAAAGCUGAUCCUGCAGUUCCUGGCUGCCAUCAGUGGGCAGCACUCAUGGAUUGAGCAGCAGGUCCUGGAGGCCACCCCCAUCCUGGAAGCAUUUGGAAAUGCCAAGACCAUCCGCAACGACAACUCAAGCCGCUUUGGGAAGUACAUCGACAUCCACUUCAACAAACGGGGCGCCAUCGAGGGUGCCAAGAUUGAGCAGUACCUGCUGGAGAAGUCACGAGUCUGUCGCCAGGCUCCAGAUGAGCGGAAUUAUCACGUGUUCUAUUGCAUGCUGGAGGGCAUGAGCGAGGAGCAGAAGAAGAAGCUGGGCCUGGGUCAGGCCACUGACUACAACUAUUUGGCCAUGGGCAACUGCACGACCUGUGAGGGCCGAGUGGACAGCCAGGAAUAUGCCAACAUCCGCUCCGCCAUGAAGGUGCUCAUGUUCACCGACACGGAGAACUGGGAGAUCUCAAAGCUCCUGGCUGCCAUCCUGCACCUGGGCAACCUACAGUAUGAGGCACGGACAUUUGAAAAUUUAGAUGCCUGUGAGGUCCUCUUCUCUCCGUCACUGGCUACCGCUGCAUCCCUGCUGGAGGUGAACCCCCCAGACCUGAUGAGCUGCCUGACUAGCCGCACCCUCAUCACCCGCGGGGAGACGGUGUCCACCCCACUCAGCAGGGAGCAGGCGCUGGAUGUGCGAGAUGCCUUCGUCAAGGGUAUCUAUGGGCGACUCUUCGUGUGGAUUGUGGACAAAAUCAACGCUGCAAUUUACAAGCCACCCUCCCAGGAAGUGAACUCCCGCCGGUCCAUCGGCCUCCUUGAUAUCUUUGGGUUUGAGAACUUUGCUGUGAACAGCUUCGAGCAGCUCUGCAUCAACUUCGCCAAUGAGCACCUGCAGCAGUUCUUUGUGCGACACGUGUUCAAGCUGGAACAGGAGGAAUAUGACCUGGAGAGCAUCGACUGGCUGCACAUCGAGUUCACAGACAACCAGGAUGCCCUGGACAUGAUCGCCAACAAGCCCAUGAACAUCAUCUCCCUCAUCGACGAGGAGAGCAAGUUCCCCAAGGGCACCGACACCACCAUGUUGCAUAAGCUCAAUUCCCAGCACAAACUGAACGCCAACUAUGUGCCCCCCAAGAACAACCAUGAGACCCAGUUUGGCAUCAACCACUUUGCAGGUGUCGUCUACUACGAGACCCAAGGCUUCCUGGAGAAGAACCGGGACACCCUGCAUGGGGACAUCAUCCAGCUGGUCCACUCCUCCUGGAACAAGUUCAUCAAGCAGAUCUUCCAGGCCGAUGUUGCCAUGGGCGCCGAGACCAGGAAGCGCUGGCCCACACUCAGCAGCCAGUUCAAGCGGUCGCUGGAGCUGCUGAUGCGUACGCUGGGCGCCUGCCAGCCCUUCUUCGUGCGCUGCAUCAAGCCCAAUGAGUUCAAGAAGCCCAUGCUAUUUGACCGGCACCUGUGUGUGCGCCAGCUGCGCUACUCCGGCAUGAUGGAGACCAUCCGGAUCCGCCGCGCUGGCUACCCCAUCCGCUACAGCUUCGUGGAGUUUGUGGAGCGGUACCGAGUGCUGCUGCCCGGUGUGAAGCCCGUCUACCAACAGGGCGACCUCCAGGGCACAUGCCAGCGUAUUGCUGAGGCUGUGCUGGGCACCCAUGAUGACUGGCAAAUCGGCAAAACCAAGAUCUUUCUGAAGGACCACCAUGACAUGCUGCUGGAGGUGGAGCGGGACAAGGCCAUCACUGACAGAGUCAUCCUCCUCCAGAAGGUCAUCCGGGGGUUCAAAGACAGCAGGAACCUGCUGUCUAAUGUGGGGAACCUCUGUCAUCCAUUGGGCUGGAGAUGCCUGUUAAUGUGGAGAAGGAGGCUACUGCGUAUUGGCAGGAAAACAGGGCUCCUCGGAGUCAGAGACACACAGGCUGUUAUCCCAACCUCAAGUCUUAGCUUCCUUGUCUAUAAAAUGAUGCGCCUGGGCUUCCUGCGGCUGCAGGCCCUGCAUCGCUCCCGAAAGCUACACCAGCAGUACUGCCUGGCCCGCCGACGCAUCAUUGAGUUCCAGGCCAGAUGCCGGGCUUACCUGGUGCGAAAGGCCUUCCGCCACCGCCUCUGGGCUGUGCUCACUGUGCAGGCCUAUGCCCGUGGUAUGAUCGCCCGCAGACUACACCGGCGCCUCAGGGCUGAGUAUCUGCGGCGCCUUGAGGCAGAGAAGAUGCGGCUGGCAGAGGAGGAGAAGCUCCGGAAGGAAAUGAGUGCCAGGAAGGCCAAGGAAGAGGCAGAGCGCAAACAUCAGGAGCGCCUGGCCCAGCUGGCUCGUGAGGAUGCCGAGCGGGAGCUGAAGGAGAAGGAGGAGGCUCGGCGGAAAAAGGAGCUGCUGGAGCGAAUGGAGCGGGCCCGCCAUGAGCCCAUCAACCACUCGGACAUGGUGGACAAGAUGUUUGGCUUCCUGGGGACUUCGGGUGGCCUGCCAGACCAGGAGGGCCAGGCUCCUAGCGGCUUUGAGGACCUGGAGCGAGGGCGGAGGGAGAUGGUGGAGGAGGACCUGGAUUCAGCCCUGCCCCUGCCCGACGAGGAUGAGGAGGACCUCUCUGAGUACAAAUUCGCCAAGUUUGCUGCCACCUACUUCCAGGGCACAACGACGCACUCCUACACACGGCGGCCCCUCAAACAGCCACUGUUGUACCACGAUGAUGAGGGCGACCAGCUGGCGGCCCUAGCAGUCUGGAUCACCAUCCUCCGGUUCAUGGGGGACCUCCCGGAGCCCAAGUACCACACGGCCAUGAGUGAUGGCAGCGAGAAGAUCCCUGUGAUGACCAAGAUUUAUGAGACCCUGGGCAAGAAGACGUACAAGAGAGAGCUACAAGCCUUGCAGGGCGAGGGCGAGGCCCAGCUCCCUGAAGGACAGAAGAAGAGCAGCGUGAGGCACAAGCUGGUGCACUUGACCCUGAAGAAGAAGUCUAAGCUCACAGAGGAGGUGACCAAGAGGCUACACGAUGGGGAGUCCACAGUGCAGGGCAACAGCAUGCUGGAGGACCGCCCCACCUCCAACCUGGAGAAGCUGCACUUCAUCAUUGGCAACGGCAUCUUGCGGCCAGCGCUGCGGGAUGAGAUCUACUGCCAGAUCAGCAAGCAGCUCACCCACAACCCAUCCAAGAGCAGCUAUGCCCGUGGCUGGAUCCUCGUGUCUCUCUGUGUAGGCUGCUUUGCCCCCUCUGAGAAGUUCGUCAAGUACCUGAGGAAUUUCAUCCAUGGGGGACCACCUGGCUAUGCCCCAUACUGUGAGGAGCGUCUGAGGAGGACCUUUGUCAAUGGGACGCGGACACAGCCACCCAGCUGGCUGGAGUUGCAGGCCACCAAGUCCAAGAAGCCCAUCAUGUUGCCUGUGACAUUCAUGGAUGGGACUACCAAGACCCUGCUGACAGACUCGGCGACCACAGCCAAGGAGCUGUGCAAUGCCCUGGCUGACAAGAUCUCCCUCAGGGACCGUUUUGGGUUCUCCCUCUACAUCGCCCUAUUUGACAAGGUGUCUUCCCUGGGCAGUGGCAGUGACCAUGUCAUGGACGCCGUCUCCCAAUGUGAACAGUAUGCCAAGGAGCAGGGCGCCCAGGAACGCAAUGCGCCCUGGAGGCUCUUCUUCCGAAAAGAGGUCUUCACACCCUGGCACAACCCCUCAGAUGACAACGUGGCCACCAACCUCAUCUACCAGCAGGUGGUGCGAGGGGUCAAGUUUGGGGAGUACAGGUGUGAAAAGGAAGAUGACCUGGCCGAGCUGGCCUCCCAGCAGUACUUUGUGGACUAUGGCUCAGAAAUGAUUCUGGAGCGCCUCCUGAACCUUGUGCCCACCUACAUCCCUGACCGUGAGAUCACACCCCUGAAGACACUGGAGAAGUGGGCCCAGCUGGCCAUUGCUGCCCACAAGAAGGGGAUUUACGCACAGAGGAGAACUGACGCCCAGAAGGUCAAAGAAGAUGUGGUCAAUUAUGCUCGUUUCAAGUGGCCCUUGCUCUUCUCCAGGUUUUAUGAGGCCUACAAAUUCUCAGGCCCCAGCCUUCCCAAGAAUGAUGUCAUUGUGGCUGUCAACUGGACGGGCGUCUACUUUGUGGAUGAGCAAGAGCAAGUGCUCCUGGAGUUGUCCUUCCCGGAAAUCAUGGCUGUGUCCAGCAGCAGGGAGUGCCGUGUCUUACUCUCGCUGGGCUGCUCUGAUCUGGGCUGUGCUGAGACUCACUCGGGCCGGGCAGGACUGAUCCCGGCCGGGCCCUGUUCUCCAUGUUGGUCCUGCAGGGGAGCAAAACUGACGGCCCCCAGCUUCACACUGGCCACCAUCAAGGGAGAUGAGUACACCUUCACGUCCAGCAAUGCCGAGGACAUCCGUGACCUGGUGGUCACCUUCCUGGAGGGACUCCGGAAGAGGUCUAAGUAUGUGGUGGCCCUGCAGGAUAACCCCAACCCUGCGGGUGAGGAAUCGGGCUUCCUCAGCUUCGCCAAGGGAGACCUCAUCAUCCUGGACCGUGACACUGGCGAGCAGGUCAUGAACUCAGGCUGGGCCAAUGGCAUCAAUGAGAGGACCAAGCAGCACGGGGACUUUCCCACAGACUGUGUGUACGUCAUGCCCACUGUCACCAUGCCACCGCGAGAGAUUGUGGCUCUGGUCACCAUGACCCCGGACCAGAGGCAGGAUGUAAUCCGGCUUCUGCAGCUGCGCACAGUGGAGCCUGAGGUGCGCAGCAAGCCCUACACGCUGGAGGAAUUCUCCUACGACUACUUCAGACCCCCACCCAAGCACACGCUGAGCCGUGUCAUGGUGUCCAAGGCCCGAGGCAAGGACAGGCUGUGGAGCCACACGCGGGAGCCUCUUAAGCAAGCCCUGCUCAAGAAGAUCCUGGGCAGUGAGGAGCUGUCACAGGAGGCCUGCAUGGCCUUCAUUGCCGUGCUCAAGUACAUGGGCGACUACCCCUCCAAGAGGGUUCGCUCCAUCAACGAGCUCACUGAUCAGAUCUUUGAGGGGGCCCUGAAGGCCGAGCCCCUCAAGGAUGAGGCCUAUGUGCAGAUCCUGAAGCAGCUGACUGACAACCACAUCAGGUACAGCGAGGAGCGGGGCUGGGAGCUGCUCUGGCUGUGCACUGGCCUCUUCCCCCCCAGCAAUAUCCUGCUGCCUCACGUGCAGCGCUUCCUGCAGUCCCGCAAGCACUGCCCACUGGCCAUCGACUGCCUGCAGCGGCUCCAGAAAGCCCUGAGGAACGGGUCCCGGAAGUACCCUCCACACUUGGUGGAGGUGGAGGCUAUCCAGCACAAAACCACUCAGAUUUUCCACAAGGUCUACUUCCCUGAUGACACGGAUGAGGCCUUUGAAGUGGAGUCCAGCACCAAAGCCAAGGACUUCUGCCAGAACAUAGCCACCCGGCUGCUCCUCAAGUCCUCAGAGGGAUUCAGCCUCUUUGUCAAAAUUGCAGACAAGGUUAUCAGCGUCCCCGAGAAUGACUUCUUCUUUGACUUUGUUCGACACCUGACAGACUGGAUAAAGAAAGCACGGCCUAUCAAGGAUGGAAUCGUGCCCUCGCUCACCUACCAGGUGUUCUUCAUGAAGAAACUGUGGACUACCACGGUGCCAGGCAAGGACCCCAUGGCGGAUUCCAUCUUCCACUAUUACCAGGAGCUGCCUAAGUAUCUCCGAGGAUAUCACAAGUGCACACGAGAGGAGGUUCUGCAGCUGGGGGCGCUGAUCUAUAGGGUCAAAUUUGAGGAAGACAAGUCCUACUUCCCCAGUAUCCCUAAGCUGCUAAGGGAGCUGGUACCUCAAGACCUCAUCCGACAGAUUUCACCUGAUGACUGGAAGCGGUCUAUCGUUGCCUACUUCAACAAGCACGCAGGAAAAUCCAAGGAGGAGGCCAAGCUGACCUUCCUAAAGCUCAUCUUCAAGUGGCCCACCUUUGGCUCUGCCUUCUUUGAGGUGAAGCAAACUACAGAGCCAAACUUCCCUGAGAUCCUCUUAAUUGCCAUCAACAAGUACGGGGUCAGCCUCAUUGAUCCCAGAACCAAGGACAUCCUGACCACUCACCCCUUUACCAAGAUCUCUAAUUGGAGCAGUGGCAACACCUACUUCCACAUCACCAUUGGGAACUUGGUCCGUGGGAGCAAACUGCUCUGUGAGACAUCACUGGGUUACAAGAUGGAUGACCUCCUGACCUCCUACAUCAGCCAGAUGCUCACGGCCAUGAGCAAACAGCGGGGCUCCAGGAGCGGCAAGUGAACAGGGGAGGGGACACUGGCUCUGUGCCUGCUUUCUAGGCAGCAUCUGGCUCAGGUGCUCAGCUUCCCCUGCAGCUGAGGAAGACCUCUAGCAGGGCUGGCCAUCCACCACUGACCACAUCUGCUGGGCCUCUGACCUGUCUUCCACUGAGGUCAGAACUUCCCUCUGUCCAUCUGUGGCACCUGGGUUGGUUCUCACCCUAGUUUGCCGUGGCCUUCCCAGUGUACCAGCCUUGGAUGCUCAGACCAGCUCCACACCUGCUUUGAGUUUCUGUGUACCACAGGGACAGAGGAAUUCAGAGGAUCAUCUAUCUCUCAACACUGGGAACAACCGAACCAAAUGUGCAUUGAAUAGGAUACUCUGAAAUCCAACGGACUGGGUUACUUCUUCUAAGUCAAGCAUCCUCAGCUGGGGCAAGGAAGACAGACCACUUUUGUACAUUGCAUUGUGAGCACUGGGCCCUUCCUCAAGUUUCCCUGAUCAUCUCAGGGCAUAAAGCAUGUUUUCCAUCCUCUGGCCCUAUAGUGUCUUUGCUAGGGGAGGGAGUGUGGGGUCAAGACAGGGACCUGUAGAGAAGUGGUCUGUAGAACUACUUCCUUGCUCUGUGCCGGCCUAGACAAGCUGAUCUAGGUGUGGGAGUUGGAGUGCUUGAGCCCAAGGUGUUCUUCAUAGUGUCUUACAGGGACCAGCUGGGAUCAGGAUGGGUUGGGAGGAACUGGAUGUCAGUCUGGCAGGUGGGAAUCUAAGGGUCAUGGCCUGGGGAUCUAAAGGAAGUAUCAGCCUCUGGGUUUUAACUAGGGUCAGUGGAGCCAGAAUGGCCCUUGCUCCCUGCAGAAACUUCUUGGUUCAUCAAGACAAGUCAGAGAACCCCAAGAACAACACUGCCUUGGAUAAAAACCUGCAUUCGGUGGAGGUCUGUGAAAUGUUGCUUUGUGAAUGGGAUAAGACAACCAAGUUUGGGCAUAACUGGGAUGGGUCUGGAGGUGUGGGCUUCAGACAGCGCAGGGGUGAUUUGAGUAGGGAAUCUUCUGGGAAUGCCUAGAAUGACUGCCUAGAGCUUUAACAGUGGAAAUCCCUUUGAGGUGAGAGUGUUUGUGAUCUGCCUAAAGGUCUCCUGCUAUUUCAGCAGAGCCAGUCCUGCUCCUGUGGGCCAGUACAGAUUUACGUGUCUGGGCCACCCAGAUGUGUGUGCCUACCCAUGCUCCCAGGGAGUUCUAUUCCUGAUCUCCCAGCUGCUGGGAAAGGAGAGGGAAUGGCUGGUGUGCAAAUGGAGGCCCCAAUCUAGACAGACUCACCCUCUGGGAUAACUAGUGUGCUGUUUGGGGAGAGGUCCUGCUCCAACAAUGUUCAAAUGUCUCAGUUAGGCAGGAGAAAUCUGGGAAAGGUCCUGUGGUGACUUUCCCCUGUGCCAUUAUGCAGAUGGGAGGCUGAGGUCCAGAGAGGCUGGGGUGUAGCCCAGAGACAGAGGAUGGGCAAGGCCCUGAGUUCCAACCCCAGAGUCCCCACCCAACUGAGUUCCAACAGAGUCCCUAAAAAGAUAUCUGGGAAGUUCCCUAAUAUUUGAAAACGAAACUAACAUUUUAAAAAAUAUAUUUUUAUUUUUGAUUGACACGGUAAUUGUUCAUAGUGUGAGACAUUUCAAUACAUAUAUGCACUGAGUAAUGAGCAGAUGAAAGUAACUGGCACAUCUAUCACUGUAGACAUACAUCAUUUCUUUGGGUUGAAAAAAUUCACAAUCCUAAUUGUUAUCAUCCAUAGUUAUUCUACUGUGCUACAGAAUAUUAGAAGGUACUCCCCCUAUAUCUAACCAAUCAACCUUUUUCCAUCCCUCUUUCCCCUAAACCCUUCCCAGGCUCUGGUAACCACUAUUCUAUUCUCUACUUCUUUGAGAUAAACUUACCUUAUAGAUAUAAGUGAGAAUAAGUGGUAUUUGUCUUUCUGUGCCUGAACUAUUUCACUUAGCAUAAUGUCCUUCAGUUCCUUCUAUGUUGCUUCAAAUUACAGAAUUUCAUUCUCUUUGUGGCUGAAUAAUAUCACAUUGUGUGUGUACACCACAUUUCCUUUAUCCAUUCAUCUAUUGCUGGACACUCGGGUUGACUCCCUAUCUUACCUAUUAUGAAUAGAGCUCUGCAUAAACAUGUGAGUGCAAGUAUUUCUUUGGCAUACCAACUUCAGUUCCUUUAGAUGUAUACCAGGUAGUGAAACUGCUGGAUCAUAUAAGUCUAUUUCUAGUGUUUAAAAUGACUACUGGGCUGUUUUCUAUAUGACUGUUCUAAUUUACAUUUUUACCAACUGUGUAUGAGAAUUCUUUCACUUGAUUUGCAUCCUCGCCAGCACUGUUAUUUUCGUCUUUUUGAAAACAGACAUUCUAACUGGGGUGAGAUGACAUUUCUGUAUGACUUUGGUUUGUUUUUCCUUGACAAUUAGUGGUGAACACUUUUUCACGUACUUGUUGCCCAUGUGUGUACCCUCUUUUGAGAAAUGUCUGUUCAGGUUAUUCAUCCACUUUUAAUUGGAUUAUCUAUAAUUUACUGAGUUCAGUUCCUUAUAUCCUUUGGAAAUUAAUAACUUCUCAGAUGAAUAAUUUGCAAAUUUCUCUCCCAGUUUGGGGGUUGUCUCUUUGCUCUGUUGUUUCUUUUGCUGUACAGAAGAUUUCCAUUUGAUAUAACCCCAUUUGUCAGUUUGUGUUUCUGUAGUUAGAUCAAAAAAAAUUUUUUUUUUCCUGAAACCAGUUAGGAAACAUAGCAAAUGAAGUACUACUCGGCCAUGAAAUGGAAUACACUGUUAAUAGAGAAAACACAGGAAAAAAAAUCCCAAAACAAUAAUGCAGAAUGAAAGAAGCUAAAAACUAAUAUACAUUAUUUAUCCAUUUAUGCAAAAUUCUGGAAAAUGCAAACUCUAGGAAAGAAAGCAAAUUAGGGCAUCUAGGGAAGAGCUGUGCAGGGAAGGACAAGAGGAAGUCAUCACAAAAGGACACAAGGGAACUUUUGACAAUGAUAGAUCUAUUUUUUUGGUUGUGGUAAUGGUUUAGUAACUAACUAAACCUAACUAAAAACAUUCAAUUUUAAAUAGCUAGGGUUUUUCUGGGCAUGGUGGUACAUGUCUAUAAUCCGAGCUACUUAGAGGCUGACGCAGAAGGAUGACAAGUUCAAGGCCAGCCUUGAGAGCUUUGCAAGACACUGUUUCAAAUUUUAAAAUGGGUCGGGGUAUAGCUCAUUGAUGGAGUGCAUGUCUAGCAUGCACAAACCCCAGGCUUCAAUCCUUCAUACUGCAAAGCAAGCAAACAAAACCCCCAAAUGUUACCAUUAUAUUAAUUAUUCCUCGGUAAAGUGUUUUUUCUGGUAAUUCUUUUAAAUAUUUAUUCAUUUUUAUCCAUAGGCCAGAUAUUGUUUUAGGUGUCAACAAUACAUCAGUGAACAACAACAAAAGCCUCUUCCAUUGUGGAGCUUACAUUCUCACUGGAGGAGAAGCAAACUGGUAACUUAGUAAGAUGACAGGAGGUGAUAAAUACUAUAAGAAAAUGAUCAAGAUAAUGGUAAGACUGAGUUUGCAAUUUAAACAAGAUGGACAGCGGACAUUUCUCAAUGUUGUCUCAGCCAAGACUUGAAUUAGCUGAGUGAACCCUUUUGAAUAUCCAAGGCCAGUGAUUUUGGUUGGAAGAUAGCAAGCACAAAGGGCUUGCGUUCAGGGACAUCUUAGAUGUCUAAGGAAAAGUGAGGCUGAUGUGACUUGAGCAGAGUGAGGAAAAUAAGAUUAUGCAGGACAUUCUAGAGUACUGUUGAGGUACUGACUUUAUGCCAAGUGGAGUGGGGAGGUAUUGGAAGUUAUAAGGGGAGGACUGACAUGAUCUGGCUUAGAGUUUUAAAUGGAUCACUUUGUCUGCUGUGCUGACUGCAGACUUAGUGGGAGGAAGGAAGGGAAAGGUUGGGAAGGGUGGAAGCAGAGCAACAAGUUGAAAGACUAGAGGCUCUUGGGGACAAUCAUACCUUGGUCCAGGUAGCAGUGGAGAUGAGAAGUGGCUGAAUCUGACAUAAAGGUAGUCGCAGAAUUUGUCAAUGGAUUGACUCACGAGUUUUGGCCUGAGAAACAAAUGUCACUGCUAUUGACGGAAAAGAUGUAUAAUUGGGAAAUGCAACAUCAGGAGUUCGGGUGGAUGGACAUGAUAUUAUUUAAGAUUUCUCAGAGACAUAUAAGUAGAAAUUGAUGAAUAUAUGAAUUUAGAAGCUGUAAAGGUACACUGAAACCAAGGAACUGUGACCUAGAAUAAUUAACACUGAGUCAUUUUUAAUUAAGACAUUGGGCUCCUUUUAUUCUUUUUAGCUACACAAAUUUAUUGGGUAAAAUUGGGUUGAUAUCAGAUUUCUCCAUAGGAUACUGAAUAGUGAAGAAAUUCCAAAAAAUCUUCAAGGAAAAAAUAUGUGGUCCAAAAAUGUCACCAAGCCCAACUUCAACAUUAGUUGAAAGUUACAGGUUCUCUCUUCUCCACAUCAUUGCCGGCACUUCUUUUUAUAACACUCAUUUACACAGGUAUGAGCUUGUUUCAAUGUGGCUUUAAUUUGCAUCUCCCUAAUGAUUAGUGAUAUUGAAUACCUUUUCAUAUACCUGUUGGCUACUGUACAUCUUCUUUUGAGAGAUGUCUAUUCAGAUAGUUGGCCCACUUUUUAAUAAGGUAGUUUUCUUGCUAUAGUUGGUUGAGUUCCUUAUUUUGAGAUAUUAAUCUCAGAAGUGCUAUUUGCAAAUCUUUUCUUUCAUUCUCUAGGUAUCUCUAUUCUUUUUCCUUGGCUGUGCUAAAGCUUUUUAUUCUGAUGUAGUCCUACUUACUUAUCUUUGUCUUUGUUGCCUACACUGGUGUCAUAUCCAAAAAUCAUUUCCUGGGCCAAUGUCAAAAAAUUUUGCCCCAACGUUUUCUUCUAGUCAUUUUGUGGUUUCAGUCUUUAAUCCAUUCAGGGUUUGUUUUACAAGUUGAAAAAGUUCUGGACUUAGACUAUGAUACUAAUUGUACAACAGUAUGAUGUACUUAAUGUCCUCAAACUGUACUUAAAAAUUAUUAAAAUAAAAACCAUUGUGAUAUACAUUUUAUCACAA